AUGGCGCCCAUUGGCGUUCUCCACCGCUUGAGGACCUACUACUCCAAAGAGCCCGCUCAGAGAGCACCAGCCAUCUCUCCCAGCGCUGCGGCUGCGUUGUCGGUCCUCUUCACUCUCAUCUACGUCGUCCCAUUCUACCUCUCUAAAGCCACGCGCCCCUCCCCGCAGCUCUCACGCGAUGCCCCCUCGUCCAUUCGCGCCCGCGUACGCGCUGUCACUCUAUCGUGCUUCCUUAGUGCAGCCAUCACGAUAUACGUCAUCCUAGUCUGGAGUGCUGUCGCUCCCUCGGAGGCUCUGAAGCUGCUAGGCUGGUGGCCAAUCUCCGUCGUCGACAUAACGAAGACUUUGCUUUUAGUCUCCAUCCUAUUUGCUGGCCCAUUGUUCGAGGCUGGUAUUGUUGAUGGGGGCUGGAAGGACUGGAUCCGCGGGACAUACGUCCUCCAGACCCUCCGCAGCUGGAUUGGUUACAGAAACUUCGUCGCUGGUCCAAUUAGUGAGGAGCUCAUAUGGCGCUCCUUGAUCAUCCCCAUCCAUAUCCUGGCCAACGUCUCGACUACUAAGAUCAUCUUCGUGACUCCACUAUACUUCGGAAUCGCCCACAUCCACCACUACUACGAGUUCAGGCUUACCCAUCCUCAUACUCCGAUACUACGAGCGCUUCUGCGCUCCCUAUUUCAGUUCACCUAUACCUCGUUGUUCGGCUUCUUCGCCGCCUUCGUUUUCCUCCGCACGGGCAAUGUCUACUCCAUAAUUCUCGCCCAUACCUUCUGCAAUUGGCAGGGCCUCCCACGUCUAUGGGGGAGGGUUGGCGUUGAAACUGGAGAGCCUAUCGGCCGUCCAGAUGUUGGAAGGAAGGAAGACACGAAAGGGUCAAGCAAUGGCGUCGUAGCGACGAGUCCUGGCACAGGUGUUGGCUGGACAGUGGCAUACUACGUCUUGCUGGUCAGCGGAGCCGUAGGCUUCUAUUGGAUGCUCUAUCCGCUAACCGAGAGUGGAAAUGCGUUGCCUGGAUCUCAGGCCACGAAGCAGCAAUAA